AUGAAAAGCGAAGACGAGAAAAUGUUGUUUGGGAAUGCUACUUGUGCAAAGAAGGCUAAGCUAAGAGCACUAAGGGACAAAGAAGACUCAGGGAGAGAAGUUGAAGAGGUCGAAUCAACAGAAAAGGGUGAGAGCUCUGAGAAUGGAAGAAGCGAUAAUGAGCAGACCGUGGAAGAUUCCUUUGCCUUGAGAUUGUUAGUCAUUUAG